UCACUGUGACCGUCGAUCGAGAGUGGUUUUCCAAAUACAGACUUAGGGAACCGAAAUUCCGCAUAUCGAACCCGCGACGCCUUCGGUCAUGUGCCAUCAUGGCAACCAAGAGAUCUCGAGCGGCCUUUGAGGCAGAUCUCCAGGCAAAGCAAUCUCCCUACGCAUUCUACGGCACCCCACUGCCGCCGCUCGACCCCGACGUGCGCGACGAUGGAUCCUACGUGCCCGUAUGGAAGCAGGAAGUGACGGAUGACCGGGGAAGGAAACGUCUCCAUGGCGCCUUCACCGGUGGUUUCAGCGCCGGGUAUUUCAACACGGUAGGCUCCAAGGAGGGAUGGACGCCUGCCACCUUCGUCUCCUCGCGGCAGAACCGCGCCAAGGACUCCAAGCAGCACAUCCAGCAGCGGCCCGAGGAUUUUAUGGAUGAGGAGGAUCUCCGGGAACUGGAGGAAUCGAGACAGCUGCAGACCGCGGAGGGCUUCGCAGGUUUUGGAUCGACGGAACUGGACCCCACCCGCCGGGGCGGUCUCAUGGACAUCCUCAAGACGACGGGAGAAACGAUGGGCGUCAAGUUGCUGAAGAAGAUGGGCUGGAGAGAGGGCCAGGGGAUCGGACCAAGAGUACGCCGGAAAGCCAACCUGGGAGACGAGGACGGCGGCCCAGAGACGGAGCAGGAAUUCCAUUACUUUGCGCCGGACAACCCGCCCAUGGUUGCUUUCGUCACAAAGACGGACCAUAAAGGCCUAGGUUUCGAGGGAGGGCCUCGCUUAGACUCAGGGUUGUUGAAGUCCCACGAUGCUGCGGAUGAAUCGGACGAAGACGAUCCAUUUCAUGCUCGACGUCUAGCCCUCAACGGAAGGUCAAAGGAGAAGAAGAAAGAGCCCAGGCGGGGCGGAUUUGGCGUGGGAGUCUUGAAUGAUACGGGUUCUGAUGAAGAUGAUCCUUACUCGAUGGGCCCGCAGAUCUCCUAUAACAGGACUAUUGGGGGGGAUAAGAAAAAGAAGAAAGGUUUGAAGGCUGACAGCAAGCCUGCCAUAACGUCCGCGAAUCCCCUUGUCAGCACGAAGCCCGUCUUCAUCUCCAAAAAAGCGACCACUGCGAAGAAAGCGUCCGGUUUUCGAAAAUGCCACGACGGCCGUCUCCCUCUUGAGGGAUUCCUCCUGGCUCAGGCAAUGUCCAGUCUGUCUCUCUCACAUGAGAAGAAAUACGCCCCCCCUGAGAUUCCUAAAGAUUGGAAAUCCUCCAAAGCACCCUUUGCAAAAACAGCUACAACCGACUACGUUUCGACCGCAGAAGCCGCCAAAGCAUCUACAUUGGACCCCACUUCGAGAGCCGCAAUACUGGGCGAAGCUCAGCUACCUGGCAAGUCCAUCUUCGACUGGAUGACGCCUGAGGCUCGAGAGCGGAUUGUAAAAUUGACAGGGAAAACCGAUCUACCACCUGCCCUUGGAGAGAAGGCACCCAAGGGAUUUGAGCCUUCUGAGGCACAGAGGCGGAAGGACCUCUGGGAUCUGGUUCCGAAGUUGGACAAGGAGGUCGCCGCGCAGGCUCUCAACCGGGCCGUCGGCGGUUGGAUGCCCUACUCUGAAGAUGAAGCAAAGAGGGCGCGCUAUCGAGCGUUUCUCGAGCUGCGCGCCGGUCUGCGCGACAGUCUUCCGGACCGGACUCCCGGUGUAACGAUUGAUGACUGGGCUACCGAGCUUCGAGAGUUCUCGCGGGCAGCAGAAGUAUUCAAGCCCGUGUCAGGGUUGAUGGCAUCAAGAUUCACGUCGGCCCGCUCCGACCCCAGAGGCACAUCGGAUUCGACUGGGGCAUCCGAUGCAGAUUCGUUACUCAGCAGGCCAGCAGCCAAGCCGGAGGACCCUGCGGAAGCAGCCGCGAAGAUUGGCAUGUUUGGGCCGAUGACGCGAAGCACGCUAUCGUUCUAUCCAUCUCGUCUGCUCUGCAAGAGGUUCAACGUGAAGCCGCCAGCCCAUGUACAGGUCGAUCCGGGCGAGUUCCCCGGAGAACGAGACGUCUCCGCUGGUGGUCGCUUCCAGUCAGCAGGAUACCAAGCGCCUACAGGCACCAAAGAACUGGUUUCCAAAGACGUGAUGAACCAGCUCAUGCUAGAAGCUGGCGGUGGCAACCGCCUCGUGUCUGAGGCAGAGCUGUCCACGCAAGCACCGCCGCGCCAGCCGGUUAUCGUCGAGCCCGAGCGCAACGACGCUCUGGAAGCCGAACGACCUGGCGAAGCUGUCUUCAAAGCGAUCUUUGGCAGCGACGACGAAGAUGAGGAAGAAUGAGUUCAUCGUGUCAGAUCAGUGUAUAGAUUUAAAUCAAGAUAUGAUUCCCAAGAUCUUGAAUAUCAUUAAACCCAACCCACAAAAGUCCAUGCAAUGGUCUAGAAUAAACUAUGGUAAUACAUGUUACCCACUUUUACCAU